AUGACGACCCCCCACCCAGUGGUCAACCCGUACAUUCAGCCACAGUCCAGAGUGUGUCCACACGAGCGAUACACCCUCUACAGUUUCUUCUACGCCAACAAAGACUGUUAUGUCAUUUAUCCGGAUGUCCAGAAAGUGACCUAUGUGCAGUGCAGCGCCUCCCAGAACCGCGACUGCCAGGAGUGUAGCUACCACGGCGGGGUGAGCAAGUGCGAGGAGGACUACGAGUACCGCGACGUGUGGGCCUACUGCACGUACAAGCCAACGCUCACACCGGUGGUCAAGCCACAGCCCGUCUACCCAGUACCAGUCCGGCCAGUGGUUGACCCUAAACCACCUGUGUACCCUCUCCGACCUACUGUGGUAAACCCCAGGCCUCCAACCUACCCUGUCUACAACCCACCGGUCAAGGCUGUGUACCCACCACAGGGAAGGAUCACCUACCCGUAUCCAGCCACCUACAAGGACCCCUGGAACAAGGUUUACAAGCCAUACGUUUUGCAGCAAAAGCGCAGAUGGAAGAGAAGCUACCACGAGGAGCCCCAGGGGAAAAUCGAACGCAUGCCUCUGUACCUGCCCUACCAUUGUGGCUGCAAGAGAUACCACUGCUGAACCAGUCUCCAAGAUAUCCUGAUCUCCAUGACAAAAGGCACACUAUUGUACCUGCUCACAUAAUAUAGCAUCGAAUCACGGGUGAUAUGUUGAGAAGCACGUGCCUGACCAAUUCUCUGUUGCUCAUUCUUUGAAAAAGUAUUCGUUCUCAACGCGUUUCAAUUUCUCCCCUGAGCUGUAUAUCAGUUGCGAAUGUUUAUUAUCAAUGAGACAAUUAUAUUCACCUUCAUCCUCAUAAUGAAUAAUUUUCAUCAAGUCAGUUGAAAAGUUGAAUAACAAAAGGUACAUAAUAUGGUACAAUUCCACACCAAUUCGUUUUGUUAACUGCAGGAUAACUUUCCGUUAACAUGUGGAACACCCUUCAUUUCCAAAUGAAUAGUUGUACAUCAAAAGGUAGUCUACAGGUACUUUUGCGCAAAAUAAAAUUUCCGUUUGUAAUCUGCAGAAUUAUUAUUUCUCUGCUUACACCCCGAUCCGACUUUGGAUGCCUUUCUGCUGAGCAGCAAAUCUAGACAUAUCAUGUUGUUUGUUAUGUCCCACACAGUCUCUUCGUCUCACAAUCUUUUAUAACUGCUCUUGUAAACCUUUUCUUAACAAAGAGUGACAAGCAAUCGCUUUGCCAAUACUCACUGUUGAAACAAUAAAGUCUGUGCAAGCAAAC